CGCACGCGAUCCAAGCAGACUCAUCAAAAAGAGCAUUUUUCUCGCACCAGCCGAUUUUUAGCCACAUAAAUUAGGCCUUUUUCCGCUAGUCUCUGUGCAACUCCAGUAUGGCCGUCACAGCCAUGUCUCCGCCCCCACAGGCCGCCGCUGCGUCCACACCGUCCUCCGCGGCCUCUGCAGCACACAUUGCCAAUGGUUCGCUGCUGCCCAGAACGAAAAACGGCUCCUCCAGACGGAUCGAGAUCGACCAACUAGUCAUCGAGUUCCAGAAGAAACUGGGCAAGAAUUGGGACACCUACCAGGUCGCGGUGUCGAUGUUUCUUGUCGGCAAGCUGUCGCGUCGCGAGCUGAUGGAGGAGCUCGACAAAAUCCUGGACAAAUCAACCUACAGACUGCACAACCAGCUCCUGCUAACGAACCUAGCCAACUCGCUAAGGGACGAGCCGCUCGACGGAACACUCUCGACGGGUUUUGGCAAUCAGCAGCUCUCGAAAAAACGAAAAGCAGGCACCAAAUCAUCUCAGUACGAGCUGCUGAAAAAAGAUAUUUUAUCGCUGCCGAUCAGAGAGCGACGCCGGCUCAAAGGCAUCCAGCGCGAGGCAGGCAAGCGCGGCAUGAUAAACUCCACCAUUGCGCUCACCAGACAGGCGAUUGUGCCGCGCGUGCCCAUUGUCACCAACAACGAGUCAAAUGUCGCGGGCAACACCAGCCAGUGGGCCCAGGACGUUCUGGACGGCAUCCAGACACCGCUGUGCUCCGAAACGUACGAGUUACCAGACAAGACACAUUUGCGCUCACGUGUUUUGGGAAUUGCGCGCGAGCAUGGCCUGGUGGGGCCCGUGGGUGACAGCGUGCCGGACGUGCUGUCUAUCGGCCUGGAAUACCAUUUGAAGCGUCUGAUCGAACGUGCGCUGGACAUGGUGCGCAUCCGGCAGAAAAAACCGCAGCACGACUCCCGGGGCCCCGUCACGAUGACUAUCGAGGACCUGUACGAUACUCUCGAGACGGCGCCGCAUCUGGUGGAGCCCAACGGUCCGCUGUUUGCCCUCAGCAAUAACCAGCUGAAAAACGAGGACGAUGUGGCGCUGCUAGAGCAGCAGCGCCAGUAUUUGCAACGCGGACCGGGACAGAAGCUGUCCAAAAUCUCGUUUGUUCUGAAGCCUAAGAAAACAGAGCCGCAGCCGCCGCCUGCGUCGUCGUCGUCCACCAUCACUGCGCCGGCGUCGAUGCUGGCCGUGUCGCCGCUGCGCCCUGGCGAACAGGCCUCGAACGGAGCAGAAAAGCAGAAUAAAACAGACUUGCCGGAUCCGCAGAACGGCAAGCAAAACCCGCCGUCCUCGGCCGCAGCACUCACACAGCCAAAUUUGCAGCUUAGCGACCCGAACAUUGGCCGUCCCGACGAGCUCAAUUGGCUGAUCAAUGAUCUGCUCCCAUGGCACCUCAAACUUUUUCGACUCGUGGAUUUUGCCACUCUCGUAAACACACUUGUUUUCUUUAUGGCACCUGCAAAAGAACAAGAAACCAGAAGAGCGUCCAUUGAGCAGGGCAAAGAGCCUGCAAAGGACGAGCAAAAGGGCAACGCCGAAAGCAAGAGGGCCGAGGAGGAGCUGAGCGAAGAGGAUCUCCAGUUCAAAUCCGAGCUGGAGAUGCUUGUCGAGCGCCUGUCCGAGCCAAACAAGGACCUGUACGCCCCUGCGCUGGACAAUCUGAAAAGAUUCAUUAGAGAUUCUACCUCCUCGAUGACGGCGGUGCCUAAACCGCUCAAAUUUCUCAGACCUCAUUAUCCGGCAUUGACAGCGAUUCACAGCAACUGGACCGACCUAAAGCUGAAGUCGCAACUUGCAGACAUUCUCUCCGUGUUGGGAAUGACGUACAGCGAAAAGGAUGGCGAAAAUUACAAGAGGGAGUGCCUAAAGUACAGACUGCUCAGCAACAUCGACUCGACAAUCUCUGAAUGGGGACACGAGUAUCUCAGACACCUUUCUUUGGAGAUCGGCGAGGAGUACCAGGAGAAUCUGGAGAACGGAGUCAAUAGAGAAGACACCCACACCGAACAAUUAAUCAAGCUGAGCUUGGAAAUUGUACCUUAUUUCCUCAAACACAACGCAGAGGCCGAAGCUGUGGAUCUCCUGCUCGAAAUCGAAGAAAUAGAAAAGCUCUCGCAAUUCGUCGAUAAGAACACGUACAACAGAGUUUGCUUGUAUAUGGUGUCGUGUGUGCCGUUGCUUGCUCCUCCAGAUGACCUUGCCUUCCUCAACACAGCGUUCAGCAUCUACUUGGCCAACGAUAAGCUACCACAGGCAUUGAGUCUGGCUAUCAGGCUGGGCGAUGAGUCUUUGAUUAAGUCUGUUUUUGAGGCCACCAGCGACGAGCUGGUGCAGAAACAGUUGGGAUUCAUGCUUGCCAGACAGAAUUCUUGUUUCAAGGUCGACAACGAGGCCGUGCAGGAGUGCAUAUCCAACGUCAAGCUGAGCGAGUACUUCAAAUACCUUGUUAGUGAGUUGAAUUUGCUAAAACCAAAAGUUCCAGACGAUAUCUACAAAACUCACCUGGAGAACUCGCUGUUUGGCCAUUCGUCUAGAUUAGAGAGCGCAAAGCAGAAUCUGGCUGCUGCGUUUGUGAACGCAUUUGUUAACGCCGGUUACGGAUCAGAGAAGCUCAUCAGCGACGAGAAAUGGAUAUACAGAACUAAAGGCGAAGGAAUGCUGUUGACAACUGCCUCCUUAGGGUUGAUCAAUUUAUGGGAUGCAAAUGAGGGUCUUCAAACUCUUGAUAAAUACUUGUACUCUGAGCAGAGCGAAGUGAGAGCAGGUGCAUUGCUGGGAAUGGGCAUUUCGACCACCAGCGUCCACGAUGAAGUGGAUCCAACACUGUUGCUGCUGCAGGAUUACAUCAGCAGCGAUUCGAAUAUUGAUUCCAAGAUGAUCAUUUCUGCCAUUACGGGAAUUGGCAUUGCUUUUGCAGGCAGCGAGAACGAUGAGGUGAUGAAUUUGCUGUUGCCUCUUGUGUCAGAGCCAUCCGUUUCGGUUGAGAUUCAAGCGCUCUCUGCUCUUGCAUUAGGUCACGUUUUCGUUGGAACUUGCAACGGUGACAUCACGUCAACCAUUUUGCAGACCCUGCUGGAGAAGGAGACUUCCGAUUUAACUUCCAAGUGGAUUCGAUUCAUGUCUCUUGGUCUUGGAUUACUUUACAUGGGAAAAUACGACCAGGUGGAUGAUGUUCUUGAGACUAUCGAUGCCAUUGACCAUCCAAUUUCCAAAACUCUGAAGGUUCUGGUGAAUAUCUGUUCUUAUGCCGGAACCGGUAAUGUUUUGCAGAUCCAAUCUCUGCUGCAAAUGUGCACAGUGAAACCGAAGGAGGAGAAGGAGGAAGACGAGGACGAGGAAGAGAAGGAAAAGAAAGAAGACGAAGACAGUAAUAAAGAGAAGAAAGAGAACAGCGAACAAGAAAGCACAGAAACCCAAGAGGACGAGUCCUACCAAGGCUAUGCAGUUUUGGGACUUGCUUUGAUUUCUAUGGGAGAGGAAAUUGGUCAGGAGAUGUCGUUGCGUCAUUUCGGACACCUAAUGCACUAUGGUACUCCGCUGAUCAAGAGAGCUGUUCCUUUGGCCAUGGGACUCGUGUCCUCUUCGAAUGCGCAAAUGAAAGUGUUUGACACGCUUUCAAGAUAUUCGCAUGACCAGGAUCUGGAUGUGGCAUACAAUGCCAUUUUCGGUAUGGGUUUGGUUGGUGCAGGAACCAACAAUGCUAGAUUGGCCCAGCUGUUAAGACAGUUGGCUUCGUACUACGUGAACGAUCAGAACGCUUUGUUCAUGACGCGUAUUUCGCAGGGUUUGGUGCAUCUGGGCAAAGGGACAUUCACGUUGUCUCCCUUCAACACGGACAGACAAAUUUUGUCCAAAGUCUCUCUUGCUUCGCUUUUGACCGUUACUAUUGCCCUUUUGGAUCCAACCUCCUUCAUUCUGGACCAGCAUUCGAGUCUUUUGUACUACUUGACGCCGGCCAUCAAGCCUCGCAUGCUUGUUACUGUUGACGAAGAGCUCAAGCCUUUGAAAGUGAACGUUAGAGUUGGUCAGGCAGUGGAUGUUGUCGGACAGGCCGGAAAGCCUAAGACCAUAACUGGAUGGGUGACUCACUCCACUCCAGUUCUUCUUGGGUUUGGAGAAAGGGCCGAGCUGGAAAACGACGAAUAUAUUCCCCUCACGAAUUUCCUUGAAGGAGUUGUGAUAUUGAAGAAGAACCCCGACUACAUUGAGGCGGAAAACUAAACUAAUGGCUAUAGUG